AUGAUCAUCUUGGAAAGCAAGAAUAAAGAAAAUGAAAGUGCUGAGAUGGCAUGCUUGCUAGAAAGCUCUUUAGAAAUUCAGGGUAACUUCAAAGUUUUACCAGCUGAGAGAGACAAAAUUCUCAGUCUUUAUGAACAGGCACAAGAGGAGAUUUCCCAGCUUUGUCAGGAAGUUGUAAAAUGCCCCAGGACUCCUAAAAGCACUGCGACAGCUCAAUCUGUAUUAAGACACAUGGAGAUAAAAAGGGAUACAGCACUGUCAGAUUUCCAAAGGAUCCCUACAGAAUGUGAUAGCCUCAGGGAGCAGUUACAGAUUUCCCAAGAAACUGCAUUUAAUGAAAAGGCUCAUUUGGAACAGAGAAUUGAAGCACUUGAAACUACUAUUCACAAUUUAGAUCAUGAACAGUUAGAACAGAUGUCCAAAGUGGCACUAAUGAAAGAUGCCAUGGCUUCUCUGGAAACUGAGACGAAAAGAUUGACAAGAAAAGUACUGGAUUCUGAAACUGAGCUGAGUUGACAGGAAGCUGAAUAUGCUUCUCUUUGUUUAUUGAAUGAAAAGACAGAACUGAGGCUUUCAGAGAUUCAGUGAAGCCUUGUGAAGAGAAAACUUGAAAUGCAACUUAAGCAAGAGAAAAUGAUGCGUUUAGAUGAAAAAACCGGUAACUUUUCAAGAUAAAGUCUUGUUGUACAAGAGAAGAUCAGUACUUUGAAAGAAACAAUUGCACAACUUAAUGUGGAGAAGUCAUCUUUGCAAGACUGUGUGGAAGAAGGAAGAGAGAGGAUUGCUACUUUUCAGGAAAGCCUGGCAAUUAAGAGCAAGUGUGAGUCAAACCAUUCUAAAGCAGAGCUGCUGAGAAAACAACUGGGAAAUGAAAAAACAAAACAUCUAUGAAAAACCUGGAAUCUAAGCUUGACUCCAAUUGUGAGAACAAAUUUCGGUCACAGA